AUGAAGCUAAAAGUCUCGAUGAAUCCUUGCAGCGGACAGCGAAUAUUUCGUCUGUUGGUUUUGGUCGUCAUUGUUGCUGUGGGUUUGACACUGCAAGGAACCAGCAUUGCACGAGUGCAGAGCGAUUUGAAGCUCUCGCUUUUGGAUACAGUUGCAAUGGUGAAGGAAAAUAUCCCGUCUGUUCUUGCAGAAGGUUCAGAGGAGGGACGUUCCCUAAGGGCAGUGACUAGCAGCCCAACAACAUCCCGUGCGCCCUCACCUCAGCGCAAUUGGACAAAGCCUCCGAAAGAUCAUUCGGAAUAUACAAGGAAUGUGGAGAGGCUACAUCGGGCGGUAAAUGCCUCACUAGAGGUUUCUUCAACGCCUCCCACACCAAGUCCUGAAGAAGAAAAGAAGGCAAAAGAAGCUCACAUAGCUUUGCGAGAACAGCAACUAGUCGAGGCACGAGAGAGAGCUUAUCAAAAGUAUGGUGCACCAAUUGAAACUCCCUAUUUCAACGCUUCGGUCCCCUUUGAACACUUUUCGCAUAUCAAAUAUUAUGGUUUUGCGGGUCUAGGUCAUAGAUUGGCGAGGCAAGCUGUAGCUAUGUACUUGGCUAGACGAAUGGGAUUUGCCUGUCGAGGGUACUGGUCACGGACCAUCUAUAGCAACAAAACGACAGAUUUGUUUACUGAAAUGUUUGAACCGUACACCCGAGACGAUUUCAAGUAUGUCAACUCGACCGGAAAGCAUGUUGGAUACUCCAAUGAAGUAGAUGGUGCCAUGGGUAUGGUUUCUAGCAACAGUGAGGGGCAAGAAGGACCGCCAUGUACGUGUACCAAUGACGAGGUACAAGUACACUAUGAUUUCUACAUGUCACUGCGAAAUAAAUACCGUCGACGGGACCGAAUCCAAGCCUUUAUGGAAGAGAACAAGUUUGCCGAGCACAUUGUUUUUGGAAUUCACAUUCGUGCUGGGAAUGGAGAAACGGGCGACUUCACAAACAAGGACAGACCGAUCAAUUUCGAUCCAAAGGUAUUUGUCCUAACAGUCUUGAAGAAGAUAGUGGAGACAUGGCCACCAGACAGCCUAUCCAAGCCACCCAUGAUCUUCCUGGCAACGGAUGAUCCAAAGUAUCGAAUGCUGAUUCUUGAUCAACUUGAGGAGCUCGGACUAUCCUGGCCCGUUGCCCUUUUGGAACAGGAGUUCAUGGAGUCUGGUGUUUUACUCGGGGCAAAUAGGGAUAGUGAUGUGGAUCAGUGGCACUUCAUGUUCCAAGAUAUGGUGAUCCUCAGCUACGCGGACGUGGUACUGGCAAUCAAAUAUUCCUCAUUCACUCAAUCACUUCCAGCAUCGAUAGUCAUGGGUCGCCCACUUGCGGAGAGGACGAUAAAGGAUUCCUUUUGUGAGUUUAUAGAUGUCACCAAAGAAGAGGGGUCACCUGUAACUGUAUUUGCCAAUGAAACAGCUCCGAUAUUUGAAGUUCACUGCUAUGAUCAAGUAAUGAGGUGGUGCUGUUGGAAUCCAAACAAAACACACAAGAAAGCAUUGAAGUUUACUACUUUGGAAUAUCAGACGCAAUUUCCCAACAUGACAGUCUACAACUUUGCGAAAAAUGAAUAUUUGAGCUUUGAAACAGCGCUUGGACAGACACUAGGAAAGAGGAAGCUUUCGUAUGUCAAGGUUUUAUGA